CGGACCAGAGUUUAGUUGGGCGGCACGCCGGCAACGUCCGCACGCAUCCAUCCCGCCCGUACAAGAACCACCUCCGAAGUUCUCAAGUGUUCAAGUGACAAUAAAAUGUAACGUAAUUAUGUUGACCCGUGAUACAUAGGAUUGUAUACGAAUUAUGUUCUGUGUGUUCUCUGUUGUGGCGAAUUGAACGGAUCAACAGGUCACAAUCAUGGAGACAGACAAAAUGUCAACCGCCUCGUCAGUAGGCGCUGAGCGGCGACCACUGCUGCAAGCUCUAGUGAUCGAGAGGCGUAUCCUCUUCGGGUGUACUAUCCUAGUGGGACUGUGCACCUUUGUGUGGAUAUCUGCUGUGUGCACUGAGAAGUGGGUUCAUGUUACGAGUACCAAUGGUCUAUACAUACCGUCAAGAGGUGAAUACUUUAUGUGGAGUGACUCCGGAGUGUGGCAGAUUUGCCGAUAUGUAUUUCGUCCCAAUUUAAACCCAGAAAGGGCAAACGUCACAACCGCUCCGAGACCAAUAGAUCUGGGGAUAUCGGGAUUGACCGGGGAAUAUUAUACAAAUUGUACGAAUUAUUUAGCGCAACCCCAAAUGAAAAAUGGCAAGCCUACAGAUCCUGCCUAUGAUAUUGAUGUCGCAAAUUACGUAAGGACAAUGAUAUCAUUCGGCAUUAUAAGUCUCUUUGUCAUGGCUAUGGGGUGCGGCUUCUCUAUGUAUACCUUCCGAAACCCCCGGUAUAUGUUCAAGCGCCUUGCUGCGGGCAUACACUUCAUUAGCACUUCAUGCACAUUUGUGGUGGUGCAAGUAACGAUGUCAUCAGUGGACCACAUGAAGAAAAAUGUCAAAUAUAUUUAUCCAGAACGUGCCUAUCAUUACUUCCACGUCAGUUACUUUUUAGCGUGGUUCGUUGUGCUCGUAAACUUCUUCGCUGCGGCCUCCUUCCUCUGGUACUCCCGCAAGAGGAAAGGUGACAAGGCGGCCACCGACGAGCUCGCCAUGGCGGACGAACCCACCAUCAUAGGUCGAUGACCUUUCAGCCUUCCACACAAGCGACCAGCCAGGUCCAAAGGACACUUCCACGAGUCUCCACUGAACAGUGCUCAAAUGACCAAAGCUAAAACAAUAUUCAAAAGUCUUCCAAAUACGCUAGAUAUUAUAACAUUCAGGAGCCUAAUGCUCCCAACAGAACUUACCUUUAAUUUUUUCAAUCUUAGAUUCCUUUGUUAAUCUUAUAAGCGUUUAAUCGCCAUUCGCUUGCAUGUGGUUUUAUUAUGAUAUUGUGGUUAUGACUUAUAGGAUUAACGAAGUAUAUUAGCUUUAUGUCUAUUUAUUUAAGUAUAUUAUUAGUGUUUAAGUAAGACUAGGACUCUGCGUCCAAUCUUUUAUUUCAUUUCCAACGUAUUUGCUCAUGCUAUUUGUAUUGCAACACUCAUAAAUAGUCUUUUCUAUUAGAUAUUUCAGAUUUUAUCGACCCCUAAAUAUAUUAUUGUCUUUAAAAAAAUAUAGUAAUAUUAUCUUGAUUUUUACUAAGAGUAAAAUAAAUUUAAAUAAUUAUUCUUCAUAUCGAUAGAAACAUAUUAUUAUUAAGCAGAAAUAAUACUGCCUUAUUAUCAUUGUUCAUUGUACUGUACAAUUUUAAUAUACGAGUACAAAAAGUUUUAUUUUAGAGUGUAUUUAAUACUUUAUUAAAUUUUAAUGCUAAUCUUGGUAUUAUAUUAUAUUCUUAUAGAUCUAGUAAGGGUGAGUUACGUCAAAAAUAUAAGAAAGACCAAAAGACCAUUUCUCUGUUGUCUUCAAAGAAAGUAAUUGUGUAAUACUAAAAUAAUUUAUAGUAUUAUAUUUUUACCUUAACUUACCCUAAGAUUAUCAUCUAAAAGUGUGAAUCCAAAAAUACAUUUUAUUUUGUUAGACACGAAUAUAGUCGAAAUAGGAACGAUCUCGCGUAUGCAAUAUUGGUAAGCAAGCCUUACUUGCAAUAGGUACAGAAAUUGAUUUUAUAAAACAUAGUUUUCUAUAAAUAUCUUUUACGACUACUUUUCUGGAUUGUACAUGCACCCAAUUAAUUUUCAAAUAAUUUAUAACAAAUAUUGCUUUCGUUGUAAAGUUCUACUUUGGCUUGUAUAUUAGUUACCUUGAAAUGAAGGCCACUGCAGGGAAUAUGUACGGGACCUUCUGCCCAACGUCACAAUAUUAUAACUUUGAGUUAACUUAACGAGGUUUGCGUUCACGUGAAAGCUCUAUGAAAGUGCAAUGAAUCAAAGUCUUAACCUAUUAAAGAUAAUGAUUUGUUUUUCUCUUAUAUUUAAGACCCUCGGAUUCACACUAAAUUAGAUCUCGUUUUGUUAAUAUACUUAUUCGUUCUAGUCAACUAGUAAUACUCUAAACUUAUGCACUGAAACUUUAUUUGCUGUGCCUUGAACUUACUUUUUGCCAAAUUUAAUGUUAAGAUAUUUACUUAAGAAUUAUAACUGUUAUCUUUAAUCAAUCCAUUUAUAUUUAAUAUUACAUAUUCAACAUUUUAUUAUAAUAUAAAAGACCACUGUUUAUAAAUAAACUCAAAUAACGCCUUAUAUUAAUUUAAAUAGCGAACUAGGAAGGUCCCUUUUAGACCGUCCUAUAAAAAUUGUAGAUAUGGAUAUUCAGGCGAUAGAAAAUUAUUAACUGGAAGUGUAUGGUUUAAUAAAAAACCUUAGUAUAUUUUUUUAGUAAUUUCUCUUUCGUAAAUAUGAAUAUCGCCUAUCCAAAUAUUCAAUGGUGUCGCCAUAAACGUUCAUGCUUCUGCAUUGCAAUGUAUAGUUACACAAUAUUGUCUAUUUAUUAUAAUACAGUGUUAAAUAACACCAAUAAUUAAUUAAAUUCACGAUUCUGAUAGCAUUCAUUUGUAUACGUACAAUUUUAUCGCCUGAAGCUCCAUAUACAACUCACGACCUAUUGAAAAAUAUUUCGCUCGUCCACCCUGAGUAAUAUAUUAUUCCAUGUUUGUAUUGUGUAAUUAAUUGUCUUUCAUAUGUUUGGCCUAUUGAUUCAAUAAAAAUCUUCAUACAAUA